AUGGAGAAUUUGGCGUUCUUUUCUAAUCAAAAUUCUUUUAUUAGUAAGUCAUGGGCUUAUCUCAGAAAUCUUAAAGAACUUUUUCCUUCUUCACCCAUUUUACUUCUUACUGCGACUUGCCGUCAGAUUGAUUUACAGGAAAUUACUUCACGACUUGAGAUAAACUACCAACAAGCCUCUCUUAUUCGUAAUAUAUCUUUUGAAGAUAAUCAAAUUGUUUAUGAAGUGCAAAAAAAAAAGGAAAAUAAAGCACAAUUUUUGAAUGAGAUUAUUAAUAUAUAUAAUGAAAUAGAGACUGGCAAAUGCAUUAUAUAUUGCCCUUCUGUGAAAGGCUGUGAAAACCUUAUCAUUGAACUCCAAACCAAAAUAUCAAAAGAAAUAAUUGCUAUGUAUCAUGGUGAAUUAUUUGCCAAACAAAAAUCAGCCGUUCUUUUUGAUUGGAAAUCUGAAAAAAUUCGAAUAAUGAUUGCCACAAAUGCAUUUGGAAUGGGCGUCAAUGUUCCAGAUGUUUGUAUAGUAAUUCAUACAGGUUUUCCGAUGUCUAUAAGCAAUUUAGUACAAGAAAGUGGGCGUGCAGACUGUGAUGGAUUGCCUGCAAAGGCAUUUAUUAUGUAUAGUCGAAAAGAUAUUAGAACGAUAAUGGGAAUUUAUUCAAAUGGACAACCCAGGUAA